AUGCAAUUCACCACCAUUUUCUCUACUGUUGCCUUUGCAACUGGCGCCUACGCUUGGGCCCAGUCCGGUAACGGCGAAUGGAUUGCCAACAACGAGCUCUAUGGCAUUAUGCCUUACUCCGGCGGUGCUAUUAAAGUUUGGGAGGCAUGUACCUUCCAUGGCUCGAACGCCUUGGUUCCUGCCGGUUAUGGUUGCCGAUACUGGACUAACGCACAGGGUGGCAUCUUCUCCGGAACUUGCCAAGACACUCCCGGCCACGUUAUCACCACCCGUACUUGCCAGUAA